AUGGUAUCCACUUUGGAGUUUAAGAUGAUUGAAACCCAAUUCUUCAACGGAUUGAAAAACGGUAACAUUAUCCUGACAAAAUUAAAUAAGGAAUUUGAAAAUGAAAAUAUUGAUCAGCUAAUGGAGAACGUCCAAGAUCAAAUUCAAUAUCAAAAUGAAGUAGAUAAUAUCUUGUCACAGAGUAUAACGGGGGUCGACGAUUUUGAAGAAGAAAUCGACAAGGAAUUAGAUCAGUUGGAGGCACAAAUCGUUAAUGAAAAGGCAGCCAAAUUACCAUCUACUGAAGGUUUGAAACCAAUAAUAUUAAAAGAUGAUAAAAAGGAGGAGGAGAUAGUGGAACAAGAAGAACAAGCGGAGAGACAUAUAGAGCAAUCGAAUACUCCAGUUGCAUUACUUUCUUAA